AUGUCAACACUACUGCAACCCAAGACCGCCGUUCCGGCUGUGACUAGGAUAGACGCUCACUACAGGAAAUUCCUAGCGACCCGAUGGCUCGGCCUCGUCAUCCGCGCUGCGGUCGUCACCUCCAUCUCCCUCUUCCUUGUUCCGGGCCUCCUGCUCCGCUGGGACUACUCCUUGCUUUCGGCGUUUGCCACCUUCUUCGUCGCGGGCCCCGUUGUCUACCUCUCGAGCGUCCACCUCGUUCUCCGUGCUCGCCGCUCGUGGAUCAUUUCGCCGCCCGUCCUCCCAGCAGGACCUUCCCCCACUGCUGUGCUCUUUGGCACCUUCUCGCCGCGCACACUCGUCCUCCUGGCCACGCACUGGGCGUUCGGCGCCGUGUUUGCCCUCGCCUUUGCGUUCGUCCUGAACGGGCGCUCAUCGUCCGUGACGCUCGGAUGGUUCAACCCUACCCCGCGCCACCCGUGGCACGGAAACGAGCGUCUCUGGUUCCUCGUGCUCGGCAACACGCUCUUCUUUGGCAGCAUCGGUCUCCGUGACGUGCUCUCCGCGAGCCUCGGUCCCGUCUGGCCAAAGACCAGGCUCCGCUUCCCCGACGCUGUGAGCCGUUCCCUCAAGGCGUGCUUUACCGGAUACCGCGCCGACAGCACGUUUGGUCACGAUGCCUCGCUCGCGAUGUCGUGGACGGCUGCAUACACGCUUGUGUACGUUGCCUUCCGCGGAUGGGCCUGGCGCUGGGCCGCGACCAACUUUGUCGUGAUCCGCCCCUUCGUGAUCAAUUUCGCAAAGACCUCGCGCACCAACGUCACCUGGUCGCUGGGAUGGUACCUCUUUGUGCUCCAGCUCACCUGCCUUCUCGCGCUCAAGCCGGCCGUCGCCGUCCUGAACGACUAUCUCACCCAGCCGCUCAACUUUGCCUCGUUCACGAGCAAGUCGCCCCUGUCACCGGACCAGUACCUCCUCACGGCCCUCCAGUCCAAGGAUGCCUUCCACAUUGACCACACCAUUGUCGAGAUGCGCCGUCUCGCCCACUCGAAGGCCCGCCGUGCUGCCAUCUUCGCUGACACCUCCAAGCCCGCACUCACCCACGAGCUGUGGCGUGCCCUCCUUCUCCAGCUGGGCGAAAGCUACUCGACCCUCGCCAACCGUGGCGACGCUCCCAAGGCCAAGCAGGCCGCAGCCCCGGUCGCCGCUGAGCCUGACGCGCACUCCAUCGCCCUCAAGACGGGCGACAUCUUCCGUCCCGCGCCCAAGCGUACGGGUAUCCAGGCUAUUGUCGGCACUGUGCUCGAGGGCGCGCCCCAGCCUACCCCUGCCCCCGUCCUCGCCGUGGCCGAAUCAGCUCGUCGCGCCGAGGCCAACCUCUUCAAGAGCGUCGAGGCACCGGCCCACGCCGCCGAGGAGUGGGCCACCGGGACCCCCGUUCUCGGUCCUCUCGUCAGCGCGACCAAGCUCGUCACCGGCGGCUACGCACACUGGGCGGGCGCCGAGUGGGCGCGCCGCAACGUCUUUGCCGCGGUGCCCGAGUUUGACCGUCUCGCGGGCCUUAUUGACAUCCUUACGACCCUCGCCGUCGCAUCCGCCGACGAGGACACGUACGGCUACGUCCAGGCCGUGCUCCCGUCGACGCUGGAGGCCUUUGUCCGCCUGCGCGCCGCGGCACUCAAGCUCGGCACCGACCUCCUCAAGGACGCGGCCAAGGUCUCGCCCGACGCAGACGCCGACGUGCGCGCCCAGGUCGCGCGCGUCAUUGACACUGUGGACGCCGGCGUGACCCGUAUUGCCGAGCGGUUCGGAACGUCGCUCUCGGCGUUCAAGUUCCCCACCGAGAUUGCGCAGGCCCUCACGGACAUCUGCCGCUCAGAGUAG